AUGAGUUUGCGUCAAUUGUCUUUGAGAGCUAUUCGUCCAGCUUCUUUUGCCCUACGUUCUGCACCAAUCGGUGUUCGUUGUUUAUCAACUCAAACCCCAGAACCAAAAGCUAAAGCUACUUCAAUCAUUGAUGCUUUACCAGGUAACUCAGUUUUAUCCAAAACUGGUAUCUUAGCCACUGGUACUGCUGCUUCAAUUUACGCCAUUUCAAAUGAAUUAUACGUUGUCAAUGAAGAAUCUAUCUUAUUGGGUUGUUUCCUUGCCUUUUCAGGUUUAGUUGUUAAAUAUGUUGCUCCAUUAUAUAACGACUGGGCUGAAUCAAGAAUUAAAUCUGUUUCUGAAAUCUUAAACUCUUCAAGAGUUAAACAUGUUGAAGCUGUUAAAGAUAGAAUUGAAUCUGUUUCAGAAUUAAAAGAUGUUGUUAACACCACUAAAGUUUUAUUUGAAGUUUCAAAAGAAACCGUUGAAUUAGAAGCUCAGGCUUUUGAAUUGAAACAAAAAGUUGAAUUAGCAAGUGAAGCUAAAUCUGUUUUAGAUUCAUGGGUUAGAUAUGAAGCUUCAGUUCGUCAAUUACAACAACAACAACUGGCUCAAACUGUUAUUGCUAAUGUUGAAAAAGAAUUAACCAAUCCAAAAUUCCAAGAUAAAGUUUUGCAAGAAGCUGUUGCUGAUAUUGAAAAAGUGUUUGCAAGUGCUAAAUAA